GAUUUAAGAAAAAAUCGAAUAUAUAAAUACGUAGCAUUUGAGUAAAAAUAAUUCAGGAAAUCUGAUAAAUUUUGUAAAAAAAAACACUUUUAGGACAGAUAAAAUUAUAUAUAUAUAUAUAACAAAAUCACCUUGCGCGCGAUAUGUGUAUGUGAAAUAUGGUAAAUUAAGAAAAACGUACAAACAGCUCAUUUUUAUUAUACAACAUAUAUUUUCCACGACAGGGUGGAGGCUGACAUAUUCUUUAAAUUUUUUCUAUUACAGGUAACUGCAUAUAUGCUGUUCUUUCGCAGUUUGUACGCACCUUUUGGAAAACGUAGCGUUUCAAUCAGAAUAUUAAAUAUAUAUAUUAUAGUUAUCGUGACUAACGUGAUAAAUAAAUUUGUUUUCCUACAUCAUUGUAUUUAUAACAAAAAUUUAAUAAAUACUAAUAUAAAAAUAUACAAAUAUGUCGACUGAUUGUUUUUUUAAUAAUUGUCGGAAUUACAAUAAAAAUUCGUUUAAUGCAGACUUCUGACUGUCAUUAAAUAGCGAGAGGCCUCCUAAUAUUCUUUAAUUUAACUUUAUGAAACAAGAAUUGAAGGAAAAAUUUUAUUUUUUUUUUAAUAUUAAAUUUUUCAUCUAUUAUAUAUUUUGAGAGAGAAUUUAAGAUAACGUUUCAGUUAAUACUUAUCGAUUACCUCCUUACGCAGGCGUUAUUUCAUUCUUCUUAUUACUUUUAAACGUGUGACUAAACAUAUUUAUUAAUGAAGUAAAUUAAAAAAAUUUCUAGGGCUCCGAUUUUUUCCUUCUAAAAUUUUGUGUCAAAUAUUAAACUUUGAAAUUGACUUGUCGCAGUCACAUUCAUCGUUUAUAAGCAAAAAAUGAAAAAUUUUAUCCACAAAUGGUUUAUUGCAUUAUGUUUGUUACAUUUACCUACCAUUUUACAUGUUGCUACUGUUAAAUUGAGUAUUCUGUCAUUUUUGGAAAACAAAUUUUUGAAAGAAUCUAUUAGACAAAAACGGCCGUUUUGUAAUGCUUUUACAGGCUGCGGAAGAAAGAGAAUUACGAUUCCGAGUUACAAUAUUCAUGUAAUAAAUAAUAAUGGCGUCUUAUUCAACACAAUGCUAUUACUUCAUAUACUUUUGGGAAGAAUGUAACAACACAACAUCUGCUAAGAGAAAUUCAAUAUAUAAAGUAUUUAAUAAAAACAUUUAAUCUUG